GUGUUGUACUCCACCUGCGUCCCACGUGGUGCACAUAUGCAUGACACCACACCACCGUAUACCUAGACAGAUACAACUGAUCGGAAAAACGUUCCCAACAUCUGCUGUUUACGUCUGAGCCAAAACACACGUUCUGGAAGAAUUUACUGUCAUUUGGAUUUUUCGCUACGGCGACCUUAAAUACCAUGGCAACCGUCAGCAGGACCAAGUUUGCAUUAUCUGGGUUCUCCACUUCAACUUUCGGAUUAUCUGUGGUUCUCCAGAUCAGAUCUUCUUUCUCCUCCGGCUGUCAAGGGUGCACGAGAGCAGGCAGGUCAUUACAUAUAUUUGGUUUCUUUCGCACCCGUUGUCUGAAAACUGAAAGCAUCGAUUAAAUGAAAAUCUCCGAGAUUCCCCCAGCUAGCAGCAAUCUCCAGCACUCAAAUUCAGCAAGGAAGUGGUCAGAAGGAGGUGAAAUUACAUUGCUAGCUCACAGGAACUUCAGAGAGAGCUGCAGGUCCCACAGAUACUCACACGAGCAAAGGGGUCCUUUACACACCCUUCCCAGCUGGUUCAACUCACACACCCGAGGACUCUUUCCCCAGCCUGCCCUUUGUCACGCUCAGCGUUCCCAACUAGUGUCCUGGUCCUGGGGACGGCUCCCCACAGUCUGAAGCAAGAGUGGGAGAGCAACAUGGAGGAAACCAGUGGAGGGGUCACCCCUGUUGAAGUUGCGCUGCCCAAGCACAUCUUGGACGUCUGGGUCAUCAUCCUCAUCAUUCUGGCCACCAUCCUGGUCAUGACCUCCCUGGUGCUCUGCCCAGCCACCGCCGUCAUCAUCUACCGCGUGCGGACUCACCCCAUGCGCAAUGGAGUCGUCUGAAGCAAGAGACGGGGAGGGGGCCGAGACGAUGGUAAGCUGGAGAGUGUACCCCGGGGGGACGGCAGCAGCAAGAACACGAGGAGGACCUUAAUGUGCACAGAUGGUCUCACCGUGAGGUCAGGUGUUAGGCGAAAAUGGGGCAGAACAACUCCAGGACCCGGACUCUAGGGCUGCCGGGGCCGGCAGGGAAGGGGUCCCUCGGGUCAAGCCCCAGACCCCGAUGGUUCACUCCAGAGCCCAGCACAGAGUCUGGCCACUCGGCCUUCUCAGGAGCCACAGGGUCCCUUUGAUUUGCACGCUCAGCCGGAAGGGCACUGCGUCUGGAGGCAGGAGGACUGGCCCAAGGGAUUUUCGAGGCUCGUUUGCUCUGCCGGAUUGAAAGUGAAGGAUGCUUCUCCCAGGAGACGGGGAAGGCUACCGGACUGGGGACCCUACAGAAUCCUGAUCGUCCUGGUCAGCUUUAGCCCUGGUCCCAGGUGCCUCCCGGACUGGACUCGCAGGGCAGGGACGGACCUCGGUUCGGGGGUGCCGCUUUCCCCUCUGACCUCGUCGAUCUGACACCGCGUGGCCCCGUGUCCUUAUGCCUGCUGCAUAAUCUUAAUCUGCCACACUCCCCGCUCAGCCCCACUUGACCCAUAGGGUCAGCUCCUGCAGGCGGUUAGCACUUCGGCCCUCUAAGGCCAGCCCAGGGGUAAAAACCGGCCCCAUUCUUCCCAAAGGGACGCCUAACAGAAGAGGAGAAGGGCCGACCCCAGCAGAUUGGCCAGGCUUCCCAGAGGCCACAUGAGUUCAUUAAAUGGCUUCCAAAAGCUGUGUUCAGUUUCUCAGUGA